AUGAACAUCAGGGAACAAUUAUUACUCGUCGCUCUGCAGGGGGGAAAAUCUCAACAGCACGAUGCGCGCGUUCUCUGGACUGGAAUCCCAUUGACGGUCACCGUCCCGGACGUGCCCGUCCCAUCCAUCUCGAACCCAACAGAUGUUCGUGUCCGCGUUACCGCAGCCGCUAUCUGCGGUACAGACCUGCGCACAUACCACGGCAUCUAUGGCAGCUCAAGUCCGCCUUGGAUCAUGGGCCAUGGAGCUCUCAGAGUUAUCGAGUCCGUCGGAUCAGGCGCCGAGUCCCUGCAGGUCGGCGACCACAUCGCUAUCCCUGAUACUCUGGAUUCAGGACCUUGGAAUAUGGCCCGCGCCGGAGUCAGAGGCGAAUUUUGGAGGCUCGAUUGGCCUUGGGGAGAUAUAGGGAGUGUCUAUGGCGCCUAAGGUAUGCACGCACCUUCCCCCGUAACCGUUUGACUUGGAACGCACUUGCCUAACUUGAUUGUUUUCCAGCUGAAUACCUCGUCGUCCCACACGUGGAGAACUCACGCGAACGCUACCCAAUAAAUCACCUACCUCUUCCUUUCGGACUUCUUCGCCACGGGCUGGACGGCACUCACGUAAUAGGGAUUUGAAGUAGGUGACACUGUCGCUAUCUUUGGUGCUAUCUUUGGUGCUGUCCUGUCGGCCUGCUUUCGACCUUCUUUGCCCUGCGACGCGGUGCAUCCCACUCGUCUGGAGCCUGCGGGGUCUAUCGGCGCGAUUCCUCUC